AUGUCUAAAAAUAGUAACAAUAAUAAUUACCAAGAAAAUGUCUAUGUGAAGACAACAGGUGGAGGUAAAAAUGUACCAAAGCAAAUACACGUUGCACAUAGAAGAUCUCAAAGUGAAUUAACAAAUUUGAUGAUUGAACAACUGACUUUACAAAAGCAAUUGGAGGCAGUUCAAGCCCAACAACAACAAUUACUUGCACAACAACAACAAUUGGCCCAACAAACUGGCCAAUUCAUUGCUACUAAUAACAAUACCAAUAAUAACAAUAAGAAUCAAGGAUUUAUACCUCCAUCCCACUAUAAUACGCCAAACAUGUCUGCUGGUAAUAGAAGUAGAUCACAUUCUAGAGAUAACUCUGGUUAUUACCAAAACUCAUAUGAUAACAAUAACAAUCCUAAUAACUUGGGUGUAAACACACACAGGAAAACUGGCUCUCAAUCAAGUGUAUAUGGUCAUUCCAGAAGACAUUCGUUAGUUUUGAAUGAAGCUAAAAGGGCAGCUGCAGAAGAACAAGCGAAAAGAGGAGGAUCAUCAUCUUUUAAUGGUAAUGAAUUUAAUCCAAAAUCUAAAGAUGAAAGCGCUUCACCAGAAGAACUUCCUAUAGAACAAUCUUCAUUCAAGUUCCCACCUGCACCAGUUCAAUUGCAACAACAACAACAACAACAACAGCAAGGAUCUGGUCAAAGUCACCGCCGAUCAAACUCAAACUUAUCACCACCGACUUUUAAAUUUCCACCUACACCAACUAGUUAUAAUAAUAAUAAUCAAGAUGAUGAUUUUACACCAACAUCUUCCACACAUCGUCGCUCUAAAACAAGAAACAACGAGUUUUCCUCCCCUGGUAUCAACUCCAAUUGGAGAAAUCAAUCUCAAACUCAAUCCCAAAUUCAACAGCAACAACAACAAUCGCCAUUUCGUCAUAGACAAACAAACUCAAGAGAUUAUAAUUCAUCCAAUAACUUAGAGCCCCCUGCUUUCUUCCAAGGUCAUCAUCCUCGCGGAUCAAACGCUUCAGUCCAAAGUUUCUCAUCUAACAGUGGUGGUAAUCAAAACCAAAGCACACGUAAAUCUUUGUUCGCUCCAUAUUUACCACAAGCAAAUAUCCCAGGAUUAAUUCAAGAAGGGAAGUUGGUAGCAGGUAUCUUACGAGUUAACAAGAAAAACAGAUCUGACGCAUGGGUCUCCACAGAUGGUGCAUUAGAUGCAGAUAUCUAUAUUUGUGGUUCCAAAGAUCGUAAUAGAGCCUUAGAAGGUGAUUUAGUCGCUGUAGAAUUGUUAGUAGUCGAUGAUGUUUGGGAUUCUAAAAAGGAAAAAGAGGAAAAAAAGAGAAGAAAAGACGCUUCUUUACAACAGGAUAUUAUACCAUUGAAUGGCAACGAUGAUUAUCAUAACGAUGCUUCUGCUAAUGCUUUGAGCAGUAAUUUUUUGGCUUCUAAUUUCAAUUCUUCUUCAACAUCUAAUGAAGAUAACAUACUUUCUACUCCAAAUAGAUCAAGAGGUAUGGAUAAUGAUAAAUCACCAACCAAAUCUAGUCUUAAGAGAAAGGGUUCAUUGAAGCAACGUCCAACCCAAAAGAAGAAUGACGAUGUUGAAGUGGAGGGUCAAUCAUUAUUACUAGUCGAAGAAGAAGAAAUUAACGAUAAAUAUAAACCGUUAUAUGCUGGUCAUGUUGUUGCAGUCUUGGAUCGUAUUCCAGGUCAACUAUUCAGUGGUACAUUAGGUUUACUAAGACCAUCUCAACAAAACCAUAGUGAUGAUAAACCACCUAAAGCUCCAAAGAUUGCAUGGUUUAAGCCUACUGAUAAAAAAGUUCCACUAAUCGCCAUUCCUACUGAAUUAGCACCAAAAGAUUUUGUUGAAAAUGCUGACAAGUACUCUGAUAAAUUAUUCGUUGCAUCUAUUAAACGUUGGCCAAUAACUUCUUUACAUCCAUUCGGUAUCUUAGUUUCAGAAUUGGGUGAAAUUAAUGAUCCAAAUACUGAAAUUGAUUCUAUCUUGAGAGAUAACAAUUUCUUAUCUAAUGAGUAUUUAGACAAUAAAGAUCCAACAAAGGAAAAGGCAAUGUUUCAAGCUUUACCAAUUCCUGAAAAUGAAUUGGCUGUGAGAACUGAUUUCACAGAUCCAUCUGAAUAUAGCAUCUUAGCUAUUGCUGAAAAUGAUUCACUUUCUGAAUUUGCUUUACAUGUUAAAAAUAACAAUGAUGGAACAUUUGAAUUAGGUUGUCAUGUUGUCGAUGCCACAGCACACAUCGAGGAGAAUUCUUCCUUGGACAGAAGAGCAAGGAAGAGAUCAUCCGGUGUGUUCAUGCCACAAAAGGUUGUUAACUUAUUACCAAAGGCACUUAAUGAAUCCCUAAGCUUGAAAAAGGAUAAGAAAUCGGCUACUUUAUCUGUCAUAUAUACUUUAAACGCAGAAACUUUAGAAAUUAGAUCUACAACUGUUUGUGAAUCUAUCAUUUUACCAUCAAGGUUUAUGACUGCAAAAGAAAUAGAUGAUAAUUUGGCAUCUGAUGAUGUUGAUCCAUAUCUAUCGAUCGUUGAAAAAAUUGCUACAUCCUUUUAUGCUACAAGAAUAGAGUAUCCGGAAGCGAAACUAAUGCCAACCUUAUCCUUGUUUGAGAGUAUUGAUGACGAGAAGGUUAACGUCGAUUUGAAUAUACUAGACAGAACUUUAGGAUAUGUAGUAAUAAAUGAGAUCCAACAUAAGGUUAAUUCUACAAUAGCGGAAAAAAUAUAUACCAAAUUAGGCGAUUCAUCAUUCUUAAGAAGAGAAGCUCAACCAGUGAUCACAAAGAUGUCAUUAUUUAAGAACAAGAUUCAAAAGUUUGGUUUAGACAUUGAUAUUACCUCAAUUGCUACGAUAAUACAAUCCAUUUUGAAGAUCGAAGAUUCUGAUGUUAGGGUUGGUGUUGAAAUCUUGCUUUUUAAGACAAUGUCAAGAGCCAAAUAUUUUGUUGCUGGUAAAGUUGAUCCUGAUCAAUAUAGUCAUUAUUCAUUAAACCUACCAAUUUAUACACAUUUCACAUCUCCGUUAAGAAGAUAUGCGGACCAUGUGGUACAUAGGCAACUAAGGUCUGCCAUCAGAGGUGUUCCAUAUACUGAAGAUAUUGAUGCAUUAAAGAUUACUUCUGAAUAUUGUAAUUUUAAGAAGGAUUGUGCAUAUCAAUCUCAAGAACAAGCCAUUCAUUUGUUACUUUGUAAAACAAUUAAUGAUAUGGGUAAUGCGACUGGACAAUUACUAACUAUGGCUACUGUGUUACAAGUCUACGAAUCCUCAUUCGAUGUUUUCAUUCCAGAGUUUGGUGUAGAAAAAAGAGUUCAUGGUGAUCAAUUACCAUUGCUUAAAGCUGAAUUCGAUGGUGUCAGUAGAGUGUUAGAAUUACAUUGGCAGCCUGGUGUGGAUAGUGCCACAUUCGUCCCAGCUGAUGAAAAGAAUCCAAAAUCUUAUAGAAAUUCCAUCAAGAAUAAGUUCAGGUCAACAACGGCAGAAAUUGCAGCAAUGGAAAUAAAUUCUAAUAGUGAAGAUUUCAUAAGUGAUAGUUUAAGUAAAGAACUUUCUAAUCUAAACUUAGAUGUUCCAAGACUAAGACUUCCUGAGAAUGAAAAGGCUACUGAUCCGUUAGAUAAGUUUAUUUCAAGUACAAUCACAAGAAGGGAAGGAGAUAAUUGCAUCCAAGAAAUCCAUGAGUUGCAAAAGAUCCCAAUACUAUUAAGAGCAGAAAUUGGUAUGGCUUUACCAUGUCUAUCUGUUCGUGCCCUAAAUCCAUUCAUUAGAAGAGAAUAA